AUGUGCGACAACUCGAUGAUCCUGAACAACAGCAACAGUCAGAAGGUGAACAUGGCAGAAAAGUAAGUCUUUCCGACAAAAAAUGGUUUUUAUGCAGAACUUUGUGAAUUUCAGGUCAAAAUUGGCUGAGAAGACCGAUCUUGUUCCACAGAUGGAGAAAAAGCUGUGUCUCGAUGAACAGGAGCCCAUAAUUGUGAACAAGGAAGACUUCGAAAUAGUGAAGUUCCUGCAGAGCGGAGGUUUCGGAGACGUGCACCAAGUGCGGAAAACGACUGGCAGGGAUGCUGGGAAGAUCUUCGCAAUGAAAGUGAUUUCGAGAAAGAAGGUUCUGGAGAAAAACAGGAAGAUCGGGUCCAUGAAGACGGAGCGGAGAAUCAUGGAAGCAAUUGACUCUUCAUUCUGCUGUAAACUCUUCUAUUCCUUCGAAACAGACCAGAAGCUGUAUUUAGUCAUGGAGUAUCUAUCAGGCGGUGAACUCUUCAACAUCCGAUCACAACGUGCCUUCACCGAGGAAAUGGCACAGUUCUACCUGGCAGAAGUGAUCGUGGCGCUCUCUUACCUGCACUCGCUCAACAUAAUCUACCGAGAUUUGAAAACAGAGAAUGUCGUCCUCGAUGUUUCCGGACACGUCAAACUUGUUGAUUUCGGGUCGUGCAAAGAUAAUGUGACCGGGAGGAGCCAAGCGAAAACAUUAUGUGGCACUAUCGAGUACAUGGCACCCGAAAUGUUGUUGAAGAGUGGUCACGGAAGACCGGUCGACUGGUGGUCUCUGGGCAUUUUCUUCAUUGAAAUGCUCACAAAUCGCACUCCAUUCUAUGACAAAGACAGUAAAAAGAUGAAGAAGAAAAUUUUCGAAUGCCAGUUGAUACUGCCUGAGCACAUGACUGAUGCGGCGGCUGAUCUUGUGAAGAAGCUGAUUGUACCUGACCCGGAUUCUAGACUUGGAUCUGGGCCAACAGACAGCGAAGAGAUAAAAAGUCACCCGUUCUUCAACAAUAUCGACUGGAAUAAGGCUGCUGAGCGACAGUUGGAAGCUCCUAUCAAACCGGAAAACGAGGAUGCGCCUAAAGCCGAGAAUUCUUCCGAAAACUCUGCUCAAGAUGAGAAUGAUCCGUUUUCGAAUUUUGCAUUUUCUGAUACAUAA